GGGGCGCCGUGACGUAUAUGGGCGUGGUCACGUAGGGGGGCGGCUCCGCUGCGGCUGCGGCGGCCUCGCUUGGCGCCCUACGGCGGCCGCCCCGUGGGGAGCUCUCCCAAGCCAUGGCGACCUACGGGCCGCGCGCGCCCCCUCCCCCCUCGCGGCCACCGCGCGAGACCCGUGACCCGCCAACGGCUGGGGCCCCCGCCCCGCCCUCGCGACCCCGGCCUGGCCGAGCCCCCGGCGGCACGGUGGUGAGUGGCUACAAGAGGGUAGACUGGGCUCCAGAGACAGUAGAGAAAAGAGGCCCCUACAUCAUGACCAGAAUGCCUUCCAUUCAGGCCAAGUUGCAGAAGCACCGGGAUCUGGCCAAGGCUGUCCUUCGGAGGAAAGGCGUGAUGGGAGCCUCUUCACAUCCCAACUCUUCAGGGAAAAGGUCAGUGAAGUUUAACAAAGGUUAUGCUGCCCUCAACCAAAGUGCAGAUGAAAACCUGGUGUCUCUUGAUUCAGACAGUGAUGGGGAACUGGAAUCCAGAUAUUCUUCUGGGUACUCUUCUGCAGAGGUAAAUCAGGAUCUGAACCGACAGCUGCUGCAAGAUGGGUAUCACCUGGAUGAAAUCCCAGAUGACGAAGAUUUGGACCUCAUUCCUCCCAAGCCCAUGUCCUCCUCUGCCUGCACCUGCUGCUGCUGCUGCCUUGGGGAAGCAUUCUCCUGUACCGUCCAGUAGGCAGUGCCUGACUGGGAGACUACACAGGUUGAACAGUAGCUUCCCAGGGGCCGAUAGAGCAUUGCCCUCUACUUCCCUAAUGCAGUUGAGUAUUUGGUGGGCAGAACUGUCUGCACCAGGUCCAUCAUGAGCCAAAUAUCCACUUAGGAAGGUCAGUGACUUGCAGGAAGCUCUUGCACAAUAUUUCUCAAGCCAAAGGCUUCUGGAAGGCAGAGUUCAGGUGGGGAGUCUGUAGGUGGGCUCAUAGUUUCUCCCUGAUGCAGCAGUAGCUUUGGGAGAAAACUCUCUUCAGGGAGGGAAAUGCAAUGUUUCUGAUUCUUAAGAAUAAGGGUAACAAAAUUUGUCUUAUUUUUAGAUAAGAAAAUCAUCAACUCUUGAAAUUAACCCAUUUAUCAUUUGAGUGCAAUCAAAUGUUUAUAUGGCAUGCUCUGAGGGAGCAAACUGCUCCCUUGCAUAGGAUGGACCAUAUUAUAUGGCAAGGUAGAGAAAAGGAGAGCUGCCCUCAGCCAAGGAGCCUUUAGAAGGAUUUUAGUCCCAUAAGGAAGUUUCACAAGCCUUUGAAAAGACCAAGGUAGCCUCUGUGGGCUUGCCUUUCAAAAGUGAAAAAGAACCUUCUCUGUAGAUGCAACUGGCUGGUUUUUUCCCCUUCCCCCAAGUCUGCCCUCUGGUGGAUGAAUGCAGCAGUAAAUAGAGGAUCUAGUGCUUUGGGAAUGUUGGCUAUGGCCCACACUAAUGACCAAUUUCCAAUCCAUGGGUGUUGAAGUUUCUGUGAUCAGCCAAGACCCCAGUGAGGUGCUGUGGCUGCUUUGCUCAGAUUUCUCUCCUUUUCCUCCUACCCUGUAUUUAUUUAUUUAUUUGGGAUUUUCUAGUCUGUCAUUAUCUUGGUCUUCCUUGGCUUCCCCCAGCCUGCUCCCUGGAUUAUUGAUAGGCUUUCUGGUACUGGGGGAGGCUGCUAGCUUCCUGCUUUGGUCAAGAAAAGAGGACAAUUCAGCAGCAGCUUAGCUUUUGUGAUCUUAAGAACUCUGAAGUUGGACUGAAGGGUUAGAGAACAGAUGUGGCACUUCAAUGAACUUUGGCUUUAGCUUAACAGGGAGUAGAGAGUAAAGAGUCAGAUAAACCAGUGUGGCACACAAGCCUCAGCUCUUCCUCACGACUCUGUUGCCCUUCAUGUUCCUCUGCUUCUUGAUGGCCUUUAGUUGACAGCUGGCACUGUUCUGGCAGCAGGCCCUCAAGGCAGACUUUCCCUUCUGGGCUGGUUUUGAUUUUUACUCAGGAGUGUUUGUAUUUACUCAACCAGGAGGACCCAGGGAUAACAUUUAGAUAGAAAACCUCAGGAUUUGUCCUUUGAUUUUUUUUUUGAUUCAGGGACUGUUUGGCAGAUGGGUCAAUUUCCCCUGCGAAUUUGGUUAGUUUACCUUACCUAAGGUAGAAAUGUGCAUUGGGGGAAAGUGGGUCAUUGAGGGAGCAGGUGUGAGAUUAUAAAAGCAGAAGCCCAAGGCCUGGCCCCAGGGAGGCCACUGGAGCUAUGGGGUACUUUCUUGACAUUCUUCUCCUCUCCUGUGGCCAUCCUCCCCCCCAAAAAAAUGAAUUUGGGGGAUUACCUGUAGAAAGUAAGUACUUGGUCUCUGGUUCUUUGUGAAGAGGAACACUAAGGGAACUAUGCAACCUCAGAGGUACUUCUGAGUCUCUUUAACUUCACUAAUCUGUUGCCCUAUUGGCCUUGUCAGUCAGUAGGAGGACUCUGACCAUAAGAGUCUGCUGGACUUGCUAGAUCCAGACAAGAGAGGGGGUUAACCCGUGGCCAAAAUGAUAUCAAAAACAACCUUAACAGCCCCUACUUUUAGUCUUGACCUCAGAUUCCUUUAGGGCAGUGGUUCUCAACCUUUCUAAUGCCGUGACCCCUCAAUAUAAUUCCUCAUGUUGCAGUGACCCCAAGCCAAAAAAUUAUUUUGCUGGCUACUUCAAAACUGUAAUUUUGCUACAGUUAUGAUUCGGAAUGUAAAUACCUGAUGCGCAUUAUGUAUUCUCAUUGCUACAAAUUGAGAGGUUGAGAACCGCUGCUUUAGGGGCAAUUGUUUCACCCUGUCUACUUUCAGGACCUGCGUGCAUUUCUGUUCCCCAUUUGUUGUGUGGUGUUAUUUUGUGUGUAUGUUUUUUAUAAGGAAUAGGAAUUAGGGAGUGGAGAGAAAAGCAUUGGUAAGAUGGAGGGUAGGAUAGAACCAGAAGAGAGUUGGUUACUUCAUCUUUGUGUUUCUUGUAGGGGUAACAGAAGGGCUUCUGAGUAAGGUUGAGACAGUUCCCUAGGGGAAUAACAAGAUGGAAGAGUCUGAAUCAGAAGGCUGUUUCUAAGGCCCAGAAGAGGGUUUCUUCCUUAAAGAAACAGGGUUAUUGUGACCUCCUGCUUUAGCCCUUGAUUUACCACCCCAGUUGCUUCUUUGGUUGUCAUGACAUUUCCACAAAAAGGGCCUCAGAGGUUUCUGGUCCUAAUGCCAGGCCUGCCUCAAACACAGAUCAGUGGGGAUUCCACUGUAACAGGAAGCUGUAAGGGUUCUAGGUAGAACUCAGAACUAAGAGGGUGGCCGGCUGUUGGACAGUGGAGUCAACAAGCCAUUAUCUGGAAUCACCUUAGCCUAUGGCUGGCCCAUUGAAGCCACUGACCACCGGUGUGACAGGGCUACCUGGAGUCUCUUCUGGUGCUCUGAAGGUGACAAUCAGUAUACUUGGGGAAAAUGGGUCUUGUUUUGGCUUCUCAAUGGGGGGGGGGGGAGAGAUACGUGGUAUAUACAUAAAUAGGAUGCAUAUUCAGAGAUGUGUAUGGCUUAGAGUUUUCUAUCACAAGCAGAGUUUAUAAUACCAAUAAAUUUCUUCAUGCUGUAGGA